UGUGGUGCAUCCGAAGAAUACGGACGUAUGCCGUGUGCUGUCUCGUGAGUGGUGGUGAAGAAAAGUGGCUGCUGCUGAUUUGGAGUGUCUUUUCACGGUGAAAAUCGUCACGGAGCGUGACCCGUGUACACCGAUUGUGUACCCCGUGAGUGCCUCUGUCGGAAGUCAGAAGAGCAGCAGAGACAAUAAUAAUAGAAGUGUGUGUGUUUUGUGUGAAGAGGAGUGCAACAGAAGUGAUUGGAAAGCAUGGAUCUGAAUCUGGAGCAUCCCGUUGGAACAGCCAUGGGCAGUUUAUUUCAGCAAAUAAUUGCUGAUUUGAAGAACUCAACACCACUCUGGGAGGAUUUGGUGAUGAAAGCCAGCAAACUGCACAUGUGCUUGAGAUCAGCCAUUCAGGCAAUCGCCACGUAUUUGGAUGCAUUUCAGAAGAUUGCCGAUGCAGCCACCAAUUCGAAAGGUGGAUCAAAGGAGAUCGGCACGGCGCUUACGCGUGUCUGCCUCCGACAUAAGGCAGUCGAAACGAAAAUGAAGUCCUUCACGGCAGCUAUCAUGGAUUGCCUGAUAGCGCCGUUGCAGGACAAGAUUGAGGAGUGGAAGCGCCAAGUGGCGGUCAUUGACAAAGAUCACACCAAAGAGUACAAGCGGUGUCGGGCGGAGUUGAAGAAGCGCUCAACGGACACGCUGAGGCUGCAAAAGAAGGCGCGCAAGGGUCAAUCAGACACAAUGCAGAGUCUGGUCAAUUCCUCACUGCACGACAUGACACAGCGUCGCGCUGAGUUGGAGGAGAUCGAGAAGAAGAGUCUCCGUGUGGCGAUGGUGGAGGAGCGCGAACGCUACUGUACUUUCGUGAAUCUUCUGCAGCCGGUGGUGAAGGAGGAGUACGAAGUGAUGUACGAAUUAAGCCACCUUCAAGAGGCGAUGGAUGCCAUUGUGAACGUAACGAAAGAACCAAGCGUUCUACCGCCGUCCUCAGAAGAGAUCAUCCUGGCCACAAAGUCCUCCGUCAGUCUCUACCCAGAAUCUCCGGGAGCAACGAGUGGGGGCAACAGCUCACAGGGCGGAUGCUCAGCUAGUCUGGGCUCCCGGAAGAGUUCGGUGUGCUCGAUAAAUUCGCUGAAUAGUAGUGGAUCGGCGGGAUCACAACACCAAAGAUCUCUAUCGCAAUUAAUAUCGCCUGCGAUCCGCUUGAAGCUCGCUGAGUCAAAUGAUAGUGGAUUUUGUUCCUCACAGACAUCAACUGCUAGUCAAUCUCACAUAAUGUCAACUUGGCCACCAAAUUCCCAAGAUCCAGCUGUUUCUGCUGUGGAUCGUCCACAUACGAUCUCAUCUAGUGAGUUUUCUGCCUAUGAGCGUGGUCAUCAGCGUCCGGCGCUCACAGUUUACACAUUUCAGAGUCCUGAAGUAAAGGCUGAGCCGCCAAAAACCAACUCCAUCCGACCACCAUUGCCAAUUCGAUGCUCAUCGCUGGAGAGAAGCUCAACAGUGAAGGUGAAGCCACCGUCAUCAUUGCCGGCACAUGUGACAAAGGACUAUCCUCAGAUGCAGCCGACGUACGUUAAUAUGACUGAAUUAGCAAGCAUGGCGGCGUCGAAACUCGUGCAGAAGCCCGUGGCUCAGCCACUAAUCUCUCCGGACGUAAAUGAGUCGUCCAGCUCAACGGCCACACCGCAGAAUUGCUCGCCCAUCUCGACGGAUGUCACGGUAACGCCCACGAAGGCGGAUGAGGAGGACAAGAUUCUGGGCUCGAGCGUGCUGGCCAAGACAUCAAUGUUCGAGAAGCUGGAACAGAUACAGUGCAGUGUGCUCAAGAGAGUGGACAGCAAGUUGGUGAAGAAGCCAGACAGGGAAGCGGACAAACUCCAUCGUGAUUCCAUUGAGAAGCUAAAUAGUCUGAUUGACGAACUGGAUCUGCUGCAGAGAGGCUGUGAGAUACCGAUUAUGGCUAUUGAUCACGAGGUGGAGAGGCAGGAAGAAGUGGCGUGCCAACAGGAAUACAUUCAGAACAACUGUGAAGUGGUGACACUGCGAUACAAGGAGCCAAAGGUGGAUUCCCCAAAUGGCGUGGAUGGCGUUGAGACGCGAAACCGUGUCACGUCUUUCAAGCAACCUCCACCAUCGCCAACAAUACCAACAACACCAACAUCACCAUCGAUUGAUCAAUGCGAUGGGGUGUUUCGCAUCUCAAAUCGACCCGCAAUAUCACCCCGUCCAGCCUCUCUCUCCGCAUCGCGAUCUAGGAGAUCUUCGGUAAACAGUGCAAAACCACCGCCUCCAGUGCGACGCAGCUCUAGCGUCACACCGAGUCAGCAACUCAACAAAUUGGCCACGCAAAAUCUCUCACAGCAGAAUCUGAUGAACGUGUCAUCGGAAAGUCUUCCACCGCCACCAGCUUAUUUGCUGGACUCAGAAAAUAUAUCGCAAUCAGCCGGAAGUGUGGCUGAAGCCAUCAAGGCGUUGACUGAUUUGAAACACUUCCCAGCCAGUCCAGAGAUUUUGCGGAGGAGCCAGCAGAGCGUCAAUUCGACAGGGAAACAAAAAGUUUCACCAUCAUCUCAGCUAUAUGCCCAGCCAAAGGUGACCAAAGUGUCCAGUUUUCGCCACCAGAGUCACAGUCCAACACCAUCAGGAGGUGACUUUCACUCCUCUUCGUCCAGUGACAAUGACUCCAACAAGCUGUAUGGGCGUCACAGCCAGAGUCCAGGACAGCAACAGCAGAUCUACUAUCGUCUCAGUGAUCACCAGAAGGCCGCAAUGUACGGUGGCCAGGAAGGCUAUCUUCAGCAUCAUCACAGUGUCAACUCGAAAAGACUGUCGGGCAAGGCUUUUGCCGUGCGGAACCUGAUUAACAGCCAAACAUUGCCAGAUCCGCGCAUUUGCCACGCCACGCUCAUGGAUCAGAUCAAAAGGGGCGCCAAUUUGAAGCCCAAUAAGACUUGCAACGAUCGCAGUGCCCCAAAGAUCCACUAAGCGCGGGGUGUGCUUUUUCUCUCAAGCAACUUAAAAACAACUAUAUUGUAACUAAGGAAGCUGUAAUCUUAACAUUUAAGUGUUUAUUGUAACUUUUGAGGUAGAGGAGAAAAAACAUCAAACAUACAUAUUUCUAUUGGACUGAUUUUUCCCAAUGUUCAACAGCAUAUUUUACAAUGUAGUUAGAAAGAGGGUGGAAAAUGAAGGGAAAAACAAUAUUAACUGUAAGUUUAGGAAGUCUUUUUGUUCUUUGUGGGAAAUCGCUUUUCUUUUCUAAUAUGUAUUACGCUCUUAUAUUGGUAGGAUUUAUUGAAUAACAAUUAAAUUAUUUCCGCGAAGAGACUAAGGCGAGGGAAGGAUUUCAUCUCAAUUAUAAAUGGUAGUGAAUUUGUAAGGAAUAAAAUUGGAUUAACGCAGAGUGAUGGCAGGAAAAUGAAGUAAUUUAUCUCUAUAUUUUAUACUUGUACUUCUUCGUGUAGUAAUUCGUAAGAAUGGAGUAUUUAUCCCUAUAUAUAUACAAUUAUAAAUUAUUUACAGAGGCAUUUAUAAAUAAAAUUUGAGAAAUU